AUGGUAAAUGUUAUCGGAGGUCGCCUUAAACGUCGAAAUAUUAGGGGCUCUCAGACCCGUUUUAAAGCUCUAAUUUUUUAUGCUACAAUUUCUAUGAGCUACCUAGAAAGUGAAAUUUCGGGAAAUCAUGGAAAUAGCCAGGAAAUUUCUGGUAACAACUGCAAAUUUCAUGGAAGGCUCGGAAAUUGUUCAAUAAUUUUCCAAUAUGAACUUUAUAUUUGCUUGAUUACAUGGUGCCAUCUACAAUUGUGUAUGCCCACCUCGAAUGUCAUGCUUUCUGUGAAAGACAGUGACAGGCGACAAACAACUUCAAGUCGCGAGACAAUUCGUUUUAAGUCCGUUGAAACUCCGACAUCAUGUGAUUAUGUUGAACUUUUGAAUUUCCCAACACGGAAAUUCAUUGUUCUUCCUUCCCACCUCAAUGUUCAACUUGUCCUCGACAAACGGUGUCCUCCCUCGUCGAGUUACAGCAUCCUCCCUCCCUCGUUGACGAACCGCGUCCCUCGACAAACGGUGUCCUCCCUCGUCCAUGAACGGUGUCCUCCCUCCCUUGAAGAACAGCAUCCUCCCUCUCUUGAAGAACGGCUUCCUCCCCCCCUUGAAGAAUGGCUCCCUGCCUCCCUUGAAGAACAGCUCGCUCCCGUGAAGAAUGGCUUCCUCCCUUAA